AUGGAUCGAACUAAAUAUACCCUCCAGGAAAGUAUCUCCGUGUCUGACGCGCGGUGGCAGUACCACGUUUCUGAUCUGCCCAAACCUGAAAAAUGCCGCCAGGCUGGAUUGAUCAAAUCGAUUGAGCUUGCUUGUUCCCCUUCUCUCCAGGGUAUCUUUCUGCGGUUCACUUGCGUCUCAUUGAAUCGUGCCACCCGGGACCAACGAUUGGAAGACCUUGUUCAGGUCAGCGUCUCAGGUUUUCGGCCGGUGCCAAACAGUGACAGUGCCUCGGUGCCAACAAACCACAAACAAGCAGUCGAAUAUAUUGCUCGUUUUUUAUCCAGCGGUGUCGUCAUCAAUGGUCAACUGUAUUCAUUCUAUGGGCAUAGCAACAGUCAACUCAAAUCACGAUCUUGCUAUCUUCUGGCUGGCUCCAAGGAAGAAGUAAGAGGAAAAGUAGAUGCCCUCGGAGAUUUUGCGAAGAUCAAAUCCGUCGCAAAGAAGGCGAAGAGAAUUGGGCUCCUAUUCUCAACUGCGGACAUUGUGCAAGAGGUUCCAAUUUCAAGAUGUCGAGACAUUGAUGAUAUUGAAAGAGAUGGAUUCAUCUUCACGGAUGGCUGCGGUCUCAUUUCAAAAGACUUCGCUCGUUCUCUUGCCAGCAAGAAGCCCAUCGUCUUUCGCGAUAGGAGAUAUCAUCCUUCCGUGCUUCAAAUACGGUAUCUGGGCUACAAAGGUGUGGUAUCUGUUGAUCCAAAGUUAGAAAAGGGCUUUUGGUUGAAGCUUCGAAAAUCAAUGAAGAAGUUUACGGGGACGAAUGAUAUGAGCUUCGCGGUUGUGGAACAUUCCAAGCCCUACACCUAUGGCUAUCUGAAUGACGAGAUCGUGUUACUACUGCACUCCCUCGGCAUCACCACGACGACUUUCACUAAGAAGCAAGCAGAAUAUUUCGACUUCCUCGAGCAAUCUCGGACAGAUCCACGCUGCGCUUUUCGACUCUUGAGUUCGAUUGAGAUGACCGGUGAAGCGGAAAAAUUGCUCAUCGAAGGGUUCGAAAAAGUCACCAAGACCGUACGGAAAGCUAUUACGCAAGAAUACGGCAAAAUGGUGAACAAGCGCAAUGAACAAAAGACCAGAAUUCUGAUACCAAAGUCCCGGCUGUUGUUCGGUAUAUGUGACCACUACGAUGUUCUCAAGUUCGACGAGUGUUUCCUGCGUGUCACCUUAGACGAGUUUGGGCAUCCCACCGUUCUAAAAGGAGUCAACGUGUUGGUCUCCAGAAACCCAUGUCUUCAUCCAGGAGAUGUACGCAAGUUGAAGGCCGUGGACCGUUCCGAGCUUCACCAUUUGACAGAUUGUGUGGUCUUUUCGACGAGAGGGAAACGUCCAACGGCCGAUCUUAUGUCCGGAGGAGACUUGGACGGCGAUACAUUCUUCGUCUGCUGGGACUCGGACUUAAUUCCCCAGACCAUUUCCCAGCCUGCCGAAUACCCUGGGGUGAAGGAAGCCACCAGAUUCUCGCCCAUUACGACCGACGACCUAAUCUCAUAUUUUGCGGGCUAUAACAAUAUGUCGCUGGGCCGUGUCAAGAAAUUAUAUCUGGGGUGGGCACGAGCCUCGGGACCUCAGUGCACCGAGUGUCAAGAGCUGAAUCGACUCUUCUCUCAGUGCGUUGAUGGUAAUCGUAUCAAAAUUCCAGAGCGACUCCUCGACCCUCCAGCUCCACCCACCGAUGCUCAGCCAUUUGUUCUAGAUGCUCUACAUGACUUGGCGGUUGCACAUUGCCGAGCCAUGGGAACCGACGUGACUCCUGACGAUAUCCCAGACCGCGAGACCUUGGAACACGUGCUCAACAAUCCGAUUCCAUUCUCCGACUUUGAACUGGCCAAAUUGACGUUGAGCUGGUGCCGAAUCCAUCGUGUUCCGUUCGAAGAUUUUUGGGCCUUCUUCGACCCAUCCCAGCUUACCUCGGACGAACAAGGCUGGAUUAUAUCCGAACUUCCUCCUAUUGCCAAGUAUGCCUCGUAUUUCAAGAACGGACUUCUCCUAUCAAACAUACUCUCAGAGCAGGAUCUUCACUCGUUCAAGUUAGAUUACCAGGCCCUGCAUUGGAAAUGCGUCUUCGACUCCAAGUCUGACUCGUUACGCAACCUCAUGACAUUGGUUAGCCAGACGUUUCACCAAUUUUCAAAGAAGCUCCUCGUCCUCAGCAUGGGCGAGAGACUGAGUGUGGCCAUUUACUUUCCACGACCGAUUGAAAAGGAGGAAGAGGUCUUGGUUGAUGGAAGUGUCCGGCUCUUCGCCUUCCCCCACACCCACAAGGACAGGGCUGGACAUCGAAGGGUUGUUCCGACGGAGAAGAAUUAUCGAUUUUACUAUGACGAAAGCGUGAUGCAGCUAUAUAACAAUCACCGGCACGAUACAUUCAUCUUCUUCACAAGAUCUGCGGGUGAUGAAAGCCGGUUUCAAGAUGCCCGAGGCAAGAGCAAUCCAGCUCGUGGUCGUCAAAAGAUGAUUGAUGAUGGAAUCCUUUGCGACUGGCGGAUGAGUAUCGCAUUAAACAAGUUCAGUUCAGAGCUGGCGACUCACAUAGGUCGCACGAAUCGGGAACCGGUUACUGACGCUGAAUUGUAUGUCAUCAGCAAUAAGGAUGUUCGAGCACUUCGGGCGCUCGACCUCUGGCUGGAAAGUAUCGAUACUCUCGAAGUAUUGCCCAAUUUCCCGGACGAAAAGUCGGAAUACAGUCUUCCCACCCUCAAAGACAUAGGGUGGGAUCAGCACCGUCCACUCAUUCGCCAAAUAAUCCGAGACAAGCACUUCGACCGCAUGACCGACGCCACCGGUGUCGAGAUCGCUGAGCUGCUUCGAUUCUGCUGGAAGUAUGAUCUCGGCGACAUUAUCUCACAAGUGUACGCCCGCCUCCUAGGGCUAGCCGACGAGAUUUCCGAACCGACAUGUUCACCAGGGAUCAUCAAAGAUCUGAUUGACUUUCUGUACUUCACGCCGACGAUGGUAGUACACUUCGCUCGGCUCUGUCCAUGGGCUUCAUUACCCAUACAGCUUGCAACAGUCUUUCAGCAGCGAGUGCUCGAUAUGCUUCGCGCGCUUCUUCUAAGCGCAAACAAGAUGGGGGAAUUGGUAGUCAAACAUCUAUGCGCUAUUCUUCAGGAAGACACAACGUUGACCCUGGCUGCGGUAAAGGAGUUGCUGGAAUGCGCUUCUCUUGCAGUCAAAAGUCCAGAACUGUUAUUGACAAUUUUCAUGGAGUGUCGGGACUCACUCACUCAUGUUAUCCCGGACCAUGAUCCUCAUAUUGCCGCAUAUUUCCUGCAGAACAUAUUUGGUAUCAUGCUGGACCAUUGCGAUGAGGUCAGUGGGAGCGGCGAGGCCAAACAAGGAACGUGGAAGCUGAAAGCAGUAACAGGCACGGCCGACAAGGUGGCAGUCGUCACAAGUCGACGUCGUAUUGAUGCCCCAAAGCUGGCAGGGCUUGCAGUGGGGGACCAUGUUCGAUUUGUUGCCAGAAAAGAACCGCUGAAUUCUACUGCAUCCGAAGCCACAUCAUUUGAGGCCCUGGUCGAAGCAGCAUCCGACAACGAGGUGCGCUUCAGAACUUUCGCGCAACCGCCGAUCUUCACCGAGGAGAUAUCAUGGAUAAUGAAACGUUGCGGUCCGUUCGUAACAUGUCAAACAAUGGCGGAAGCAUUAGUAGAGCUCCUAGUCCAGCGUGAAAAUUGCUGCGGAGUCUACCACAGCCUUAUGGGCCCCAAAGAGGGAUGCACACCAAUAUCAGCCCGGGUCUCGGUGCUCUCGGGGGAAACCGAUUGCACAAUCGAAGGACUGAACGACAGCCAGAGGCGUGCGGUGACCGAAUCUAUCAGCGGUCGGCUGACUUGUCUUUGGGGGCCUCCCGGUACGGGGAAGACAUCGACUAUAAUUGCACUGCUGCGGAAGUUAUUGAAGUAUGAUACAAAGGAAAGAGUUUUGGUCUCUGCGCCGACGCAUAACGCUGUUGACAACGUCUUGAGACAAUAUACUCAAAAAGCACUAACGAGCGACUCAACCUUACCACAACCUCUUCGAGUCUCCACAGAGCUCUCGAAGGUUGCCGAUGAUUUGAAAAGUUAUACUUGCGAUGCAAUGUUUGGUAAAGACCUGAAUCAGUUUCCGGCGGCGAAGCGGAAGGCAAUUCAGCGAGUUUCAGAAUCGCGAUUGGUGUUCACCACUUGUGUCGGCGCAGCUUUAGGCCUUCUUCGAAAGCAAACCUUUGAUACUGCCAUUAUCGAUGAAGCGUCCCAACAAACCGAACCGGCAUCUUUGGUCCCAUUGGUCAAAGGAUGUCGACGAGCAGUACUGGUGGGAGACCACGUUCAACUUCGAGCAACCGUUGGUCAGUACGCGUCUGCAUUGGAUUUUGACGUCUCCCUGAUGGAACGGCUUUGGACCGGUGCUGAACACGGUGAAAACACCGUGGGAAGGGUCAUGUUGGACACCCAAUACCGAAUGCACCCAGAUAUCUGCAACUUUCCAUCAAAUGAAUUCUACGAGAGACGUUUGUUGACAGCCGACAUCUGCAGCGAUAUUCCAAUACCAGUCUCGAAUUUUCCUUGGCCAAGAGAUCUCUCCAGCACCAAGAAUGUACCACAGCAGAAUAGUCGGUCGGUAUUUAUUGAAUGCAGUGGCCCAGAAGAUUAUGGACGGAAAUCCAAGGUCAACCAGGCCCAAGCCCAGCUUUGCAAAGAGGUCCUCAAACUCCUGAUGACUGCGCCAGCCGAUCAAUCCAAGAACGACAGGACUCCAAAUACACCCAAUGUCUCAUUGCCUUCCAUUGCGAUAUUGACACCUUAUUCUCGGCAGGCAGACCUCCUUCGACAGCUUUGUGGGAGGAUUGUGGUUUCGAGCAUCGACGGGUUUCAGGGUCAAGAGGCCGACAUUGUGAUCUAUGUGACGGUAAGGUGCAAUUUACACGGCGAAAUUGGGUUCUUGAAGGAUAUGAGGAGACUGAAUGUGGCUUUGACGAGGGCGAAGGCAGGAUUGAUUAUCAUUGGCAACCAAUCGACACUGACUUGGAACAAGGACAAGGAGGAAGCAAGUUGCCGGGUAUGGGACCGUCUUAUCAAGACAUGUGCCAAGGUCAGGCUCUCAAGCUCAGGGAAGAAUUAG